AUGCCGUGGGAUUCGUUCCGCAAGAAGAAGGAAGUGUCCUCUCGAAAGCGCGACGAAGCGGUCACCGGCUGCUUUGCGAAGGGCAGUUCAUUGGAGAGUCACGCCCUCGGCUUGCCAAAGGAGGUUUACCAAAAGAUCAAAGAAGUCGACCAGCAGGCGUCCACGUUGUCCACCGCUAAUCACCCGGGCCUUUCGGCAAGAAUUGUCGAUAACACACAGAAUAACGGAGUACAAGCUGAAACAGUCUGGCCUUCGACGGUCACUGCUGUCGGUGACAUGAACAUGUGUUGUUUCGGUGAACACUAUGAUGCUUGUGUUGCUGGCGUGUAUCCACCCACUACCGGUCUUUAA